ACAUCUCUAAAAUUUUCGAUUGGGGUUUUUGAUUGUGUUUGCGACCGAGAUCUUCAUUGCUUGAUCACAUCCACAUUUGGGUAAAUUUGAAUUCGAACCACUUGAAAUGACAACCGAUGAUGUUUUGCUUCCACCCAUUAUUUUCAAAGGAUCGAUGAAGAAGAUGAUAGCAGAAGAUGAGACGAAAUAUAUGUAACGAAAACGAUUGCAAGACAACUAAAACAAAGACGACGACGCUGUAGGGUUUCUAAAAAAACGAGCAUGAAAACAAUGGAAGUGAAUGAGGAGAACUCAUGACCUACAACUUUACACAUAUGUCAUAAUAAAUAUAAUUCAAAAUCAUAAAAAAAGUACCACAUAAACCAUCCAAAUACAGUCACGUAAGAUUAAAAUAAAAUUUUGUAUUGAAAUAGUCAACGAAGACUAAUAUAAACAUAAUAUUAACAUAAUAUAAACAUUAAAGAAAAUUCUUAAAAGAGUAAACCGAAACAUGUUACUAUUACAACGAAAUCCUCAAAUAAAUGCUUCACCAUUUUUUUUGUUGACAAAAGCUGUUGUAUUAAAUCUAUAUUUAUCGGUACUUCCCAAGUGUAGCACCGAUUCGUGCGUGUAAAGAGAAAAAUCUGCGAGUGUGUUCAAUCAGAAACCAAAAACUCAAAAUGAAAAUUUUCCACAUUCCUUGCCUCGAAGACAAUUAUUCCUAUUUAAUCGUCGACGAGAGUACCAAAGAAGCUGCGGCGGUGGAUCCUGUUGAACCGGAGAAGGUUCUCCAAGUUUCCAAUUCACUUGGUCUUACUCUCAAAUUCGUCCUCACUACCCAUCAUCACUGGGAUCAUGCUGGUGGAAAUGAGAAGAUAAAGGAAUUGGUACCUGGAAUCAAGGUCUACGGUGGUUCAAUUGAUAAUGUAAAGGGUUGCACUAAUGCAGUUGAAAAUGGCGAUAAGGUGCAUCUUGGAGCUGAUAUUAAUGUUUUGGCUCUUCACACACCUUGCCACACCAAUGGUCACAUAAGUUAUUAUGUUACUGGCAAAGAGAAUGAGGUUCCGGCUGUUUUUACCGGAGAUACACUGUUUAUUGCUGGUUGUGGGAAGUUUUUUGAAGGAACUGCAGAACAAAUGUAUCAGUCGCUUAGUGUAACAUUAAGUUCAUUACCAAAGCCAACUCUAGUUUACUGUGGCCAUGAGUACACAGCAAAGAACUUGCUGUUUGCUCUGACAGUUGAGCCAGACAAUUUAAGGAUACAGCAAAAAUUAACCUGGGCUCAGAAUCAGCGGCAAGCUGGCCAACCGACAAUUCCCUCUACCAUUGAGGAAGAGUUGGAAACCAAUCCAUUUAUGAGGGCUGAUCUACCUGCGAUCCAGGCGAAGGUGGGGCGCAGUUCACCCGUUGAAGCUUUAGGAGAGUUAAGGAAAUGGAAAGAUAAUUGGAGGGGCUAAUGAAAUGAAACUAGCUUUCUAAAUCACACUCCUAUUUCAUUUUCCUCUUUUUGUUGCAUCCAUAUCAAUAAAGGCCUUUAUGUAUAUACACUGUAACAGUUUGGUUUGCCUGAAGUUAAAAUGGCAGUGUCAGAGGUUUGUCAUGUUAGGGACAUGGAUUGUGAUUUGCACUGUCGGUUACAUGUAUGUUAAUGUUGGUUUGUCCAAAUACUAAGAUGUCCCGUUACAUUCAUGUUGUUUACUUGGAAAGUAACUUCUCCCUCCAAAUUUAACCAGAAAUCUAUGUAUGAAAAGGAUAGAAAAUUAUGGCCUA